AUAUAAGCCGUCGCCUAACCACAGUUUCAACCACUCUGACGUGUCUCCUUGCUCCUUCCGCUCUUCCAGAACUUGGCGAGACCGAUCAUGGAGGCGGUGAGCAUGAUCCUGGCGCUGGCGCGGAAGAUCGCCAAGGCGGCCGAGACGGCCCGCCAGAACAAGGAGAGGUGCCUGGACCUCGCCGACCGCGCACGCACCGCCGGCGACAUCCUGCUCGAGGACCACGACUCCAGUGCGAGCAUGAUAGAUGGCAGCGGAGACAGCGCAGCCGGCCUGAUCCGGAACCCCGCGCUGGCGAGGCUGAAGGCCGCCCUCGACAACGCACUGGAGCUCGUUGAGUCCCAGCCGCAGAGCGGCGGCCUCGGCUGGGGGGUCGCCUUGCUAACCAGCGGCACGGUGGCCGCCCGGUUCCAGCUCGUCGAGGCGAGGAUCUCCAACUGUGUCGGGGACCUCGGCCUCGCGGAGCUCGUUGCCGCUCGCCACCGUGCCCACGAUGCCAAUACAAGAGCCACGCUCUCUCUGCUCCGGCGCGUGCUGCCUAAGCAGUCUGCGCCGUCGCCGCAACCGCAGGCGCAGGGCGAGGUUGUGAAGUCCUUGCUGACGUGCCAAUGUAAGCACCCUACGCCAACGCCGCCGCAGCAAGGGAAGAUCGUGGAAUCCUUGCUGACGCGCCAACAUAAGCACUCUGCACCAACGCCACCACAGCAAGGGGAGGUCGUGGAGUCCUUGUUGACGCGCCAACGUAAGCACUCUACACCAACACCGCCGCAGCAAGGGGAGGUCGUGGAGUCCUUGCUGACGCGCCAACAUCAGCACUCUGCGCCAACGCCGCCGCAGCAAGGGAAGAUCAUGGAAUCCUUGCUGGCGCGCCAACAUAAGCACUCUGCACCAACGCCACCACAGCAAGGGAAGGUCGUGGAGUCCUUGCUGACGCGCCAAUGUAAGCACUCUGCACCAACACCGCCGCGACAAGGGGAGGUCGUGGAGUCCUUGCUGACGCGCCAACGUCAGCACCCUACGUCAACGCUGCCGCAGCAAGGCGAGGUCGUGGAGGCCUUGUGGACGCGCCUCCGUGAGCAGCCCGCUGUCGAGUCCGGUGUUAACAGUUAAGGAUAACUGCAAGUGUGUUGUUAUGGUCCUGGAUGGCCGUGUAACUUGGUGGACGUCGGCUUCGGCCGGUAAAAGGAAAGCCUGAGAUGAAGUACUCUGAAGGCUGUAAGAGCAAAGCAGAUGGCAGGUAUGAUUUCCUCCAAUGUUUUAGUCACAUGGAGUGCUAGAUUUGAAGUUCGAUUGCAUGUUCGAGGUGUUGCUUUGGUCUGAUUCCUUUAAUGGCAAUGACUUUGUCAUUGAUGAGCCACGAAGUCUACAAAGUUGCAUAUCAGUGAUGGUGCCGUGUCAAACUCAGACAAAGAGGUGAUCCGUCAUUUUUUUUGUGACUGUUGUAGUGGU